UAUGGAUGUCCACAGGUAAAAGGCUUGCAUUUUUCACUCGAUAUUUUUAGGUUGACUCUCCUCCAUUUUAGUGUCAGUGGUUUAGCUGUUUUAAAUGAGCCACCUUUGACCGACGCCCAGCAUUUCAUUAAUUUUAUUUAUGCCCACCAAAUACCGUCCUCCAAUGUAACCAGUAUACUUUUUGUUACAGAAUAUAAUACAGAGAGAUGCGGAUUCAGAGGCUCAAGCUUUAUCGGUGUGGCGCUGAAUCUUGACGCGAACGAUAAUUGGAAGUAUUCACCUCUACCAUACGAUUCUUGCCAUGUAACUAUGAACUACUCUGCGCUGGUUUCUUUACUAGUUCUCGGUGACGAUCUUGAGCGUGUGAACCGACAAGCGCUCAUUGAUGGAAUAAAAGCGCUCCAAUCUGUUAAUGGGAAUUUAGUCAACGGUAGUCUUUUUUGUCCUGAAUUCGAUGCUCGCUUCAUCUUCAGCGCUGUUGCGUCUGCAUACAUACUUGAUAUGCUGGAUCAGCUAAAUUUAGAUGCAUUCGAACAGUUCCUUGCUGAUUCCAUUACAUACGAGGGAGCUUUCGGUAGUCGUCCAAGACUAGAAGCUCACGCUGGUCUGACGUACUGCUCGUUGGCCAGUCUAAAGUUAAUGGGUAGGUUGGACAAAGUUCUGCCUCCUGGAUCACCUCAACGUGAGAAGCUCAUAAAUUGGCUUGUGGAAAGACAAAGUGGUGGCUUCAACGGACGGUGCCAAAAAGAGGCUGACACCUGUUAUACCUUCUGGGUGGGUGCUUCAUUACGGAUGCUAGGUGCUCAUCAGUACGUGAACAAGAUCUCACUUCUGAAGUUUAUUUGCUCCACUUACGAUCCUAUUGUUGGAGGUUUCAUGAAGGCACCUGAUGCAAGCAAUGUUGAUCUGCUGCAUUCGUAUUUGGCUCUCGCCGGUCUCUCCUGCCUCUUUAAAAAUCCACCCCCGAUGGACUCAACCGACCCUGAUUACGUUCAACUCACGGACUCGUUUGACCAACUACACCUGGACGAAACAGAUAUCAAUGAUUUAGUGGUACAGCUUGACCGGCUAGUCGCUGACGACCUGCGACCACUUAUUCCCGAACUCAACCUCCCUGUCGACUCUUUUCAACGCCUGAUGGAAAUCCACACCAAGUGGCGCUCCUCAAAUUCGACUCCCACUACUUCCAAUCAUCAUCCACCUGCAGCUGAAUAA